AACGGCUUCAAAGAUUGGAUAAAAGCCUGGAAAACGCGAUCUAUGACCCGAUAGCCCGGCUUAAAGGGUAUCCAAAGAUAAUACUCUAACUUCCUUAGGUCCAAGCAUCAUGGCAUCCGCUUCUUCAAGUCCCGAGGACGCCUUUCAGUUAUUCGACCUGCGCGUUGAGGUAGUUUGCCCACCGGGCAAAAGAAUCAUGUGUGGCGCGAAAGAAGGAGACUACUUCACUUUGAAAGGCGAGAUGUUGUAUCUGCCACCAGACCAGGGCAUUAGUAUCUACAGCUUGUCAUCAGUGCUACCCCUACUGGCCGCAAAACAACGAGUGACUUCUAAAAACGAUUGGAUGACAACCGAUGCAUUGAUUGCAUGUCCUGAUCCUUGCUGUCCCUCCCAGCUGAAGAUUGUCCGGGAAGGCAUCAGAACUUUUCGUCACUCAGAGACUACCGCGGUUCCUCUGAACAACACCGAUGCACCCAAGUAG